CAGGCCUAUCAUCUUACGCUGUCACUUCGUCACGAUACUUGUAAUCAACUCCCAAACUUUUUUAUGUGCAUAAUAAGCAUCCUUGCUUUAACUUUCAGAAAUAUUCCGAGCUACGGUUACUAAGUGACCUAAUUGAACCUACGACCUGCACCCGCUACCACCCACCCAGUUACCUCAAGCUAGCGCGCAAUCUGACGCAUCGCGAUCAAACCAAAAGAGCCACCCAAUGGUAUCGAUGCAUCAAUCCUAAGCAACCAUCCAACUACAUACUUCAUCGCGACACACAUGUAUCAUCAACGCAUCCAUCAACAGCCUUGUUGAUAUCCCUUGCUUUUAUCUUCAUCGAUCCUCCCCCUUUUUCUCCCCUCCUUUUAAUUGUACCGUGCUGUUUUCCACGAAGUCCCUGCGGACUUCGUAUUUGCUAUAUUUCACACUGGACGAUAUGGGUGUUAUCCGUAAAAAGACAGCCACCAGGGGCGGUGAAGGUGGUGUCAAGUAUGUUUGCGAUGUUUGUUCGGCAGACAUCACAUCUACGGUACGAAUACGAUGCGCCCACAGUGCGUGCAACGAUUACGACUUAUGCGUCCAAUGCUUCGCCAGCGGCGCCGCCAGCGGUUCUCAUCAGCCCGCCACGCACCCCUACAAGGUCAUCGAGCAGAAUUCCUUCCCCAUCUUCGACAGGGACUGGGGCGCGGACGAGGAGUUGCUGCUUCUGGAGGGUUGCGAAAUCUACGGUCUCGGAUCGUGGGCUGAUAUCGCCGAUCACAUCGGCGGCUACCGUCACAAAGACGAGGUUCGAGACCACUACCUAAGCGUCUACGUAGACUCGUCGUGCUUCCCGCUUCCGGAACGAUGCAAGCCUUCAGAUAUGGGCCUAGCCCAGGAGAUCUCUCGCGAGGAGUUCCAGUCACGCAAGAAGCGGAGGAUCGAGGAACGCCGCGAGGCUCAGAAGAACGCGCCGCCCAUGCCGCCGAAGACCAAGCCGACCGCUAGUGUCCCUUCGUGCCACGAGAUCCAAGGCUACAUGCCCGGCCGUCUCGAGUUUGAGACCGAGUAUGCUAACGAGGCCGAGGAGGCCGUCCAGCUCAUGCAAUUCGAUCCCGGCGACGGCAUCAACCCGCGCACGGGAGAGCUCGAGCCGGAGAUGGAGCUGAAGCUCACGGUCAUGGACAUAUACAACUGUCGUCUAACCCAGCGCGUAGAGAGAAAGAAGGUCAUCUUCGAGCACAAUUUGCUCGACUAUCGAGAGAAUAGCAAGCAGGAGAAGAAGAGGACCAAGGAGGAGCGAGAGCUGUUGAAUAAGGCCAAGCCGUUCGCACGCAUGAUGAACCAUGACGACUUCGAGUCGUUCUGCCAGGGACUCAUCGACGAAUGGAACUUACGCCAGGCAAUAGCGCAGUUGAAAGAAUGGAGGAGCCUCAGGAUCGGAGAUCUUCGCAGCGGAGAGAAAUAUGAGCAGGAGAAGGCCCAGCGCAACCUGAAAACUCAACCUAUGGGGUCGAUGGAUAGGGACCGAUUGGCAGCUCCACAGCGUUCUAAGCAAAAUGUGCAGCCGGAUCCUCCCAGUGGUGCUGCCUUAUUAGUCGCCCCCGAGCUCCCGCCUCGUUCGGUCGCGGCCGCGACCGCGUCCCAAGGUGCACCGGACGGCUCGGCGAACGGCGAGUCUAAGCCGCUCGCCAACGGGCACACGAACGGAGUUAAUGGGGUGGCGACUAACGGAGCUUCAGCGCCGGGAAAGCAGAAGUUUAUUUCUCAGCCUAUCUCGGGCGUCCAGCCGCUCUCGUUCUCGCAGGACAACACGCCGGACUUACACCUCCUCACACCUGAGGAGGUGGAGUUGUGCAAGGUCUGCCGACUCCAGCCUAAGCCUUACCUGAUGAUCAAGGAGCAAGUGUUUAAGGAAGGUCUUAAGGGCAACGGAGCGUUGAAGAAGAAGCAGGUGAAAGAAAUUUCUCGGUUGGACUCACAAAAGGGAAGUAGAAUCUUCGACUUCUUUAUCAACUCCGGGUGGAUAUCUAAGGCCUAGGCCACCCGUAGCGACCGAGAGCUGUCACUUCACGUUACGACUGCAUCCGUCAUCGAGCUUGUCGGCUCUCCGGCGGGAUAUUUAAGCCGGCUCUACCUCCCGUGAAAUCCAACAUGGAUUUUUUGGACCCCAAUCACGAAGCUUAUUCACAUAUGAGAUCCACCAACUCUACGUUCCCUAACUCUUACCUCUUCUACGUAUGUUGAAAACCUGUGAGGGAAUGGGGCGUGUUAUGGUCCUGUGAGAUAGGCAGGAUGACCGUUGAAGUUAAUUGUACGGAUGAUACCACUGACUAUUAGAAUUCGUAUUGAGACGAAUUGAAACGAAUGACAUUCUGACUCUAAACGUCUACUUAGGUAUUCAUGUGUGACUUGUGUGCUGAUUCCCAG